AUGAGAACCAUGACGCGUGCGAAGAUCAUAUAUUUGUCUGGCGAAAUCCCUCAAGGGGACCCUGAAGGGGACCAGCGUGCAUUGUUCAGAAAAUUGCAUCUACUGAGCAAAGAGAGAAGUCACCCUAUCCUUGCUUCGACUCUCGAGGCGAUAACGAUUGCUGUGAAACAAGAAUGCCGGCGGCUGGACAGGCCUCAAAGGGAGUUGGUCCCUGUGUUUGAAAGUAUUUUAGACCUGACCGAUGGAGUUAUUGAGCUCAGGAAGACGCCGUUGGGAGGAGCUAUUGAGCGAGUUCUCGUUCUCGUCUUCCAGUUAGGUAUCUUCAUUGCCUACCAUGAAACUUAUCCUCUUGAAUAUGACUUUCGAUCGGAAAAUGCCGUGCUUAUCGGACGGGGUCCUGGUUUGCUCUCCGGGGCGGCCAUUGCACUCUCUCCAUCUCCGCUGUUGCUUCCAGCCAUGGCCGCCGAAAUUACAAAAGUCACUUUCAGAUUUGGACUUAUUGUAGAUCAAGUUUGUCGGUCACUUGAGGUGUCGCCUAACGAGAUCAAUGCUGAAGGUGCUUGGGUGUACUGCUCCUACGGAGCUUCAUUAAUCGAGUCUGAGCAAGCAGUUGCAGAUUUCAAUGCGAAAAAGGCAUACCCUGAGGCUAGCAUGGCGACGGUUUUCAACGCCGACGAUAAAUCCGUGAGCAUUGGCGGCCCACCGUCAACUCUCAGAUCUCUUUUUUUAGAGUCAGAAUUCUUCAAGCACACGAAAAACGUUCCAAUGAAGAAGGUUCAAGGUAUGUGGCAUACUAAUAAAGCUUAUGGCCCAGAGCAUGUCAAGCAGAUUGUCGAAGGUAUUACACCAAGCGGUCAAUUGUGCUUCCCUAUCUUCUCGCCUGUAACCGGUCGACCCUUUAAGGCGACUGAUGGCACAUCACUGCUCACAGAGAUGAUGACGGAAAUCCUGACACAAACUAUCCGGUGGGACCAGACCAUUGAUGGCGUGUCUGCACAUUUAAAACAACUUUCACCGAAUGAAGCACAGCUGUGGAGUUUACAGCCUUCGCAUUAUAUGUCGAAGGUCCUCGAACGAUGGAGCACUGAGCUUCCUGCCACAACUCUCUCACACCAGAUGAUGAUGCCUGCCGUGAUGGGCCUGAAUCUAGAGCAAAGCCCACCACGAGAUGCAAAGACGGCCAAAAUCGCCGUCGUUGGCAUGGCAUGCCGAUUUCCAGGCGGCGCAGACGAUCCUGAGAAGUUUUGGGAGCUGUUGGCACAAGGUCGGGACGUCCAUACGCCUGUACCAGCUGACCGCUUCGAUAUCGCAAGUCAUGUGGAUCCCACAGGAGAGAAGUCUAACACGUCUAAAACACCCUACGGUUGUUUUGUAGACAAUCCAGGACUUUUCGAUGCUCUUUUCUUCGGUAUGUCUCCACGUGAAGCUGAGCAGACUGAUCCUAUGCAGAGAUUGGCUCUAGUCACAGCCUGCGAGGCUCUAGAAAAUGCGGGAUAUGUUCAUAGCAGAGGUGCUAUUCACCAGCGUCGCGUUGGCACAUUCUACGGAUGUGCUAGCGACGAUUACCGUGAGGUCAACUCUGGUCAGGAUAUUGGAACUUAUUUCAUUCCUGGCGGAUGUAGAGCUUUUGGUCCUGGCCGUAUCAAUUAUUUCCUUAAGUUCUGGGGGCCAAGCUACAGCAUUGAUACAGCUUGUUCGUCCAGUUUGGCAGCCAUUCAAGCUGCCUGCUCUUCGCUCUGGAGCGGUGACAUUGAUAUGGCCAUCACAGGUGGUAUGAACAUUAUCACCAACUCGGACGUCUACGCUGGCUUGAGCAAGGGUCAUUUCUUAUCAUCCACUGGAGGCUGCAAAACGUGGGAUGAGGGAGCAGAUGGCUACUGUCGCGCAGAUGGAGUUGGCAGUGUCGUUCUCAAGCGACUCGAAGACGCCGAAGCUGACAAUGAUAACAUUCUCGCUGUCGUUCUUGCUGCAGGCACCGAUCAUUCGGCUGAGGCUGUAUCCAUAACUCACCCCCACGACUUGGCACAGGCCCAUCUUUAUAACCAGUUGGUCAAACGAGCUGGUAUUGAUCCAUUGUCUGUAGGAUAUGUCGAGUUGCACGGAACAGGCACUAUGGCCGGGGACCCAACCGAAAUGAGGUCAGUCACCAGUGUCUUUGCGAACGGGCAACCCAGAGCCACAAGCCUACAUAUUGGAUCCGUAAAAUCCAACAUCGGGCACGGUGAGGCCGCCGCUGGUAUCAUGUCAUUUAUUAAGACCAUGCUGGUUUUCCAGAAAAGCAUUAUCCCUCCACAUGUUGGUAUAAAGACUGGGCUAAAUCCGGCGUUGCCCGAGAAUUUGGAUAAGAAGGGUGUUUUUAUUCCGUUCACAGCCACGCCGUGGAAACAGAGCAGCGAUCUGAAAAGGUUGGCCAUGGUGAACAACUUUGGAGCAGCAGGAGGAAAUACAGCAAUUAUACUGGAAGAAGCGACGCCGCGUCCAAGACUUGGCAACGACACGCGACUUACACAUCCUAUCACCGUGUCGGCAAAGACGCCAUUCUCUCUUCAGGAGAACCUCAGACGCCUUAUAGCAUUUAUUGAAAUGCGGCCAGAUGUCUCCAUUGCUGACCUCUCGUACACGUUGACUGCAAGAAAGAACCACUACAAUUAUCGGGUGUCGGUACUUGCAUCUUCCCUCACUGAGGCCGCUAAACUUCUUCGUCCGCAUAUCGAAACCGCGCUAGACCAGCUACCUACUUCAUCCAAACAAGCACCAGUUGCUUUCGCGUUUACUGGCCAAGGGACAUUCUACAUCGGUAUUGGCUCACAACUGUACCGCGACUCCAGCUCGUUCCGAGAGAAACUGGACCAACUCGACGGUAUUGCACAACGGCAGAGGUUCCCUUCCUUCUUGCCUAUCAUCAAGAGCACCUGUAAUGUUGAAGACGUACCCAUUGUUUCUAUGCAUCUCGCUAUCGUGUGCGUGGAGAUCGCUCUAACACGAAUCUGGGCCUUAUUUGGCGUCAAGCCUAGCGUCGUUAUAGGCCACAGUCUAGGGGAGUAUGCUGCAUUCAAUGCAGCAGGUGUCUUGUCCGAUAGUGACACCAUUUUCCUCGUUGGAACGCGUGCGGCGUUGCUGGAGUCAAAAUGUAUGCCUGCUACGCACGGCAUGCUGUCCGUUCGAGCCUCCCGCGAAAAAAUCUUAAAAGCUGUCGAUGGCAUUCCCUUUGAAGUGGCUUGCAUCAAUGGUCCCGAGGAAACAGUACUUGGAGCCACAGUGGCAGACCUUGAUGCUCUUUCUACAGUUCUCAGGGAAGCGGGCUAUAGGUCCGUAAGGCUUAAUGUGCCCCAUGCAUACCACACAAGCCAGAUGGAAGCUGUGACGAAUGAUUUUGUCAAAUUGACACAGGCGGUUGUGUACAAGCCGCCCAGAAUACCCGUCAUUUUACCCCUCUACUCCAAAGUCCUUACUUCUGAUAUUGAUGUAACAUACUUGGCUAAGGCGACUCGAGGGACAGUCGACUAUGCUGGUGGACUCAACGCGGCUUGGAGAUCCGGCGUUCUUUCGAAAACCAGCCUUUGGAUAGAGAUCGGCCAUCAUCCUUGCUGCGUCAGCUUUAUCACAAAGACUUUGUCAGAUACACGAUUGACAUGUCCAACAUUGCACCGAGAUGAAGACAACUGGACCACGCUCGGCAAGGCGCUCACCGUGUUGUACAAUGCUGGCCUAACCAUAGAUUGGACAGAGUACCACUUACCCUUUGAGAAGGCUCUACGACUGGUCGAUACCCCAACAUACGCGUGGAACAAUAAAAAUUAUUGGAUUCAAUACCGUGGAGAUUGGAAUCUGACCAAGGGCAAGGCGUCGUCUCAUCCCACCUUCACCAAGGCCGCGACUCAGAUCAGCGCCUUCCGCACUACAAGCAUCCACGAAAUUCGUUCGGAAAACUACACUGAAUCCUUAGCCCAGCUCGUGACUGAGUCAGACAUUACCGACCCAGCGCUCAAAGACGUUAUCGACGGCCAUGCCAUGAACAACUACGGAGUUGCUUCUUCGUUCCUGCAUGCAGAUAUGGCGUUCACUGUCGCGAAACGUAUUCUUAACAAAGGGCUUCCGAAUUCAGCUAACAUUGGCAUCAACAUUGCCGACUUCGAGUAUCAUGAACCUGUAGUCAAGCACCGCAACCCAACUGAAGCUCAGCCGAUUGUUGUGAGUGCUGAAGCCGAUUUAGAAAAAGGGCUGUCCCAUAUCAAAUGGUAUAAUCCCGCUAAAGACCUCUGGUAUUGCCAUGCCUCCAUCUUCUACGAAGAUCCCUCAUCUUGGUUGUCAACGUGGUCCCGUUCAACAGGCCUUGUGACGAGUCGUAUCGCGGCCUUGAAUGAUAUGGCCGCCAGCGGCGGUGCCGAUAAAUUGACGACCAAUCUUGCAUACAGCCUCUUCGGGAAAUUAGUCCACUAUUCGGACAUUUAUCGAACAAUGAAAUCUGUGAUUCUCAACAAAGAUGAAGCCGUGGCCGAAGUGGAGUUCCCUGCCGAUACUGGUGGCUCGUGGACAGUGCCUCCCCAUUUCAUCGACGGAUGCGUGUCCCUGUCCGGUUUCAUUCUGAAUGGAGGGACCCAUUUCGAUAACGACAAAUACUUUUACAUCACUCCGUCUUGGAAAUCCAUGCGGUUUGCGAAACCGCUCGUGCCUGGCGGGCGAUACCUAUCCUACGUGCGAAUGAUCCCUGCUGACAACAACCAUGACUUUGUUGGCGACGUGUACAUCCUUCAUGGCGACGAGAUUGUCGGUGUUGUCGAGGCGAUUGUGUUCACGCGAUGGCCCCGCAUCAUGCUAGAUCGCUUUUUCCGCCCUCCAGUUAUCAAGGGUGCUUCUCAGGCUCCGGACGCAUCUCAUGCUGCCCUCCCUCUGGCUUCCUUAGGCUCAACUGUAAUUCCAUCCAAGAUGCAGUCGGUUCAAUCAUCACCCGUUCCGCCAUCGCUUUCUCUGGGCGACUCUAAAACCGCUUCCGGUCUGUUGACCCCCCAAUCCCCGGCACGGAGCGUCCAAGCACAAGACAGUAAGGAUGAGUCAAUCGUAGCGGCGCCGGAUUCGGUUGUCCGUGCAUUCAAAAUCAUAGCUGAGGAGUUGGCCGUCGACGUUCGGAUGCUAACCGAUGAUGCAAACAUUUCCGAUUUCGGGCUGGAUUCACUUAUGUCUCUCGUUCUAUCUCAAAGACUGCGUGAGGAGCUCAAAACCGAAAUUAGGGACGCCUUCUUUUUGGAAGUAUCGACUUUUGGGGAUUUGAAAACCUUGCUGGCGUAG